AUGAUUCAAAUAUUCAAGUAUGGACUUUUCUACCAAUCUGUCCCCAUCCUUCCUUUUCCGGAGAAUGUGUUGGUGAGGGUGCGUCACCUGAUGGACGAGCGCAAGGAGCGCUGUGUGGUGAAGAGCGGUCCGCAGUCACUCGCUCUCGCAGGCAAACAGUUCACCUUCGACCAUGUGGCCGGAGAGACUGCCUCGCAGGAGGAGCUGUUUGAGCUGGCAGGGCGGCCCAUGGUGGACAACUGCAUUGCCGGUUACAACAGCACAAUAUUCGCCUAUGGCCAGACGGGUAGCGGGAAGACGUACACGAUGUUUGGAGCUGAGGUGGACACGGCUGACGUGGAACGGAUGCGAGUGGAGGCUGACGUGGAGGUUGGGACGAGAUGGGGGAUGAUCCCGCGCAUGUGUCACCUGCUCUUUACCCAGCUAAAACAGGAGAAGCAGCGGAGGGGUGAGAGCUUUGCCUUCACAUGCACGUGCUCAUAUCUUGAGAUAUACAACGACAAGUUGUCUGACCUGCUCAACCCCAACCCCGACCCCAAUCUUGGCAAACUGGAG